GCCGACGGCGCCUCCGGCGGAGACCCCACUUGUCCCUCGCCGCAUUCCGUCUGUCGUCCCUUCCCAGCGAACCUGAUCCCAAGAUGGCGGCGCCCAGCAGAAGAAGGAAUGGCGGCGGCGGCGCCGUGAGCUUCUGGGCCGCGCUGCUCCUGGUGGCCGUGGCGCUGAGGCCGGCACGGACGGUGUCUGAGCCCACGACGGUGGCCUUUGACGUGCGGCCCGGCGGCGUGGUGCACUCCUUCUCCCAGAACGUGGGCCCUGGGGACAAAUAUACCUGUGUGUUCACCUACGCAUCUCAAGGAGGGACCAAUGAGAACUCCAGGAGGCUGUCCUUAUCCCCGCCUCACACACGAGGACACGGUGGCCCAGAGGCUGAAGACUGCCCUGGCUCCCCCAGCUGGGACGUGACCAAGGUCCCCAAGGCACAGGCCCCUGACCGCCGCCCUGAGCCAGGACACGCCCCGCAUCACCAGCAGCUCGGAAAAGAACGCCCGCGCCUCCCUAACGGGACCCUUGGGAUGGACAGUCCACUGCAGUGUGCGGGGAGAGAGCUAGGCUCACUCUUGGAAAGGUGGCUGGGUCACAGAUUCUAAAACCAGUAUGGGGCUUGAUUCUCCCGUUUCGGAUGAGGGGAUUGAUUCAUCCUCAAGAAACACCUAAGAGCACAGCAGACGUGUCCAGCACUGACUUGUUCCGGCAGCACCAGCCUAGAACUGUGAUCAUCAGACACCACGGGCCGACUGCAGAGCUGCGUGAACCCAACGGUGUGACCCAUGGGCUCUCUGGCUGCUGGCCUGCCACCCGCUUAGGAGCAAACAGCUGGCCGGAUUCUCAGCAAACGUGCAGGGGCCGUCCAAGAUGUUCUCCGGGAUCUGCUUGACCAUACUUGGGGGCCCUGCCAAGAUGCCCAUCGGAGCAGCUGGAACGGAAGCCCCAGAGGCCCAAGUGGCGCUUCUCUAGAGCCAUCGUCAACAGAGGGGAAAUGGGUCUGUGGUCUGGGCUCCCAGGGGGCCCGGGAUGCAGGCUGGGCUUGGGGAGAGCGGGAGGCCAGGCUGCUUUGACAGUGGUUCGUUUCUCCAGAGGGUCACCUGAGAGGCUGGCUGGUGCCGGGUGACAGCAGGCACAGGGUUAUUCAUCAUCUCAGCGCCGGCCAGGAUCCUGAGCAGCCAGAGAGCUCGUCCAAGGUUGGCGGGAAUGCGGCCACUUGGGAAGACUGGCCCUUUCUCAUCAAGUUAAACAUACAACCCCAUGCUUCCGCUCCUCAGUAUCUCCCCGUUAGAAAUGAAAACUUAUGUCCACACUAAGCUUGUAUGUGAAUGUUCAUAGCAGCCUGAUUCAUAAUAGCCAAAAAGUGGAAACAACCCAAGUGUCCCCCAGCUGAUGACGGAUAAACACAAUGUGGUCCCUUCACACACGGGCGCAUCACUCAGCCAUAAAAAGGAGAGAAGCCCUGACACUCGCUACAACGUGGAUAGACCCUGAGAACACGAUGCUCAGUGAGAGAAGCCAGACACAGAAGGACCCAGAGUGUGUGAUUCCAUUGAUGGGAAACGUCCAGAACAGGCAAAUCCACAGACACAGAGAGUGGGUUCGUGGUUGUUGGGCUGGGGGAGGA